GCAGGCGCGUUUCCGCCGUCCUUGCCUCGGUCCAGCACCGCGAGUCCCUGGCAGGCGCGGAAGCGGUGGCGGCGGGGCAGCCAUGUCGCUUUUGUCUGCAGCGCGGGCGGCCCUGCGCGUGUACGCGGCGGGCGCGGCAGUGAUCGUGGCGCAGCUGCUGAGACGCUGCCUCGGGGGCUUCGUGGAGCCAGUCUUCCCCCCACAACCGGAACGUGUUGCCAUAGUGACGGGAGGCACGGAUGGAAUCGGCUAUGCCACCGCGAAGCGCCUGGCAAGACUCGGCAUGACCGUCAUCAUAGCUGGAAAUAACAAAGUCAGAGCCCAGGAAGCUGUGAAGAAGAUAAAAGAAGAAACCUUGAAUGAUAAAGUGGAGUUUUUAUAUUGCAACCUGGCGUCUAUGGGGUCCAUCCAGCAAUUCGCCCAGGCGUUCAAGAAGAAGAAACUUCCCCUGCACGUGCUGGUGAAUAAUGCUGGGGUCAUGAUGGUCCCCCAGAGGACGAUGACCGUGGAUGGAUUUGAGGAACAUAUCGGCUUGAACUACCUGGGCCACUUCCUGCUGACCAACCUGCUCCUGGAUGCCCUGAAGGAUUCUGGACGUCCCGGCUGCACGGCGAGGGUGGUGACCGUGUCCUCGGCCACACAUUACGUCGGUGAGCUGGACCUGGACGACCUUCACAGCAGCAGCAGCUACUCCCCGCAUGCCGCCUACGCACAGAGCAAGCUGGCCCUGGUCCUGUUCUCCUACCACCUGCAGGCUCUGCUGGACGCCCAGGGCUGUCCCGUGACGGCCAACGUCGUGGAUCCCGGCGUGGUCAACACAGACCUCUACAGGCAUGUCUUCUGGGGCACGCGUCUCGUCAAGAAGAUAUUCGGCUGGUGGUUUUUCAAGACCCCGGAUGAAGGAGCCUGGACCUCCGUCUAUGCAGCAGUCACCCCGGAGCUGGAAGGAGUGGGCGGCCGCUACCUUUACAAUGAGAAAGAAACCAAGUCACUCGAGGUCACGUAUGACCUCAAGCUGCAACGACAGCUGUGGGCCAGAAGUUGCUCGAUGACCGGCGUCCUAGACGUGACCCAGGAGGUCUUCUCACGAUAGCGGCCACGUUGGGAGGCCUGGCCCUCAGCCGAGCACACGCAGGUCUGUGAAGGAUCUCAUGUCCGCAGGGGUUAUACUCGCCUGCCAUCGGUGACCUGUCCUCAAGUCUCCUGGUGGCAGCCCUGCCUCUGUGGGAAGUCAACUUGCUAAAGAGUGUAAUUCUGAGCAGGUCCGCCUAAGCCUUAAAUCCCCAAGUGUCAAAUUGUCCCAAGUGCCAUGAAAAAUUAAAUGCUGUGAUUUCCUUGCUUAGCACACAGUGGUCAGGCGGCUCGGGGAGAAACGUCCCAUGUGACACGGACACUUUCAAGACACCAUCCAGUGUGGGAACACUGGGGCUCUGAGGGUCCCU